UAUAAACCGGUAAUAUCAUGCUUGCUUCUUCACAUCCAGCUUGCCAAUCACUACUUGAAACAAAGCCAUUGUCGACACAGAGCGCCCUCUCAUCACCGCAAUGGCUUUUGAAAGAAACCUUUUGAUUGUUACCAUACUCGUCACCUUGGGGACCUUGGCAUCUGAAGCCACGUCCCGCACAUUGUACCAAGCUUCCAUUGCUGCAAAACAUGAGCAGUGGAUGAAAAAGCAUGGACGCGUUUACCAGGACAGCGCAGAGAAGGAAAGGCGUUUCCAAAUUUUCAAAAACAAUGUGGAGUUUGUCGAGAAAUUCAACAGUGAAGGGAACAUGACUUACAGCCUACACAUCAACCGAUUUUCGGAUAUGACCUAUGACGAAUUCCUCAGGGAUUAUACUGGAUACAAGCAGCCCACUGAAUCAACCUCAUCCACAGCUGCAUCUUUUACAUACGAAAACCUGAGCCUGGCUGAUGUUCCCCAAAACAUUGACUGGAGGGAGAAUGGAGCAGUUAGUCCAGUAAAAUUUCAAGGGAGCUGUGGUUGUUGCUGGGCAUUUUCUGCAGUGGCUGCAGUCGAAGGGAUUACCCAAAUCAAAACUGGCAAAUUGAUCUCACUGUCUGAGCAACAACUUGUGGACUGUGAUACAGAUAACAAUGGCUGCCAAGGUGGUUGGAUGGGUAAUGCCUUUGCAUACAUUCAACGAAACGGAGGAAUUGUCAGUGAAGAAAAUUACCCAUACCAGAGUUCAGAUGGCAGUGCCGGAACAAGUGACAUGAACAAGGCAAAUGAGGCUGCCGCCCAGAUUAUUAGUUAUGCAGAGGUGCAUCCCAACAGUGAAACCGAUCUACUCAAGGCUGUAUCCAUGCAACCAGUCUCCGUUGCCAUCAAUACUGUUGGUAUUCACAAGAGUUUACUAACUCAAUACCAAAAUAUGUGGGUGAUAAGUUUACAAACUCUAUCACACCUCUCACUUUCACUCUCAAUAAAAUUGGACAAAGAAAUAGAGAAAGGAGGGAAGCAACAAGCUUUGAUAAAACACUUGGACUUUGAUAUAUGAAAGAAGUAGCAAGCUUGGUGAUAACAAACACUUUGAAAUAUUAGAAGAGUUUACAACUCUUAAAGCUUACAAGCUGAAAAUGAGAAUGGAAAUGGGAUUUGGAUGGGAUGCUAUAAAGCUUAGCAAGAUGGCCUAUUUAUACAAAACAGAAAUUGAUAAACAAUGCAACAACACAUGCAAUGAAUGGGGUGUUUAACAUCUUUACACCCUUUAAAACACAUGCAAGAACUUUGGACAGUCUAGCACACAUAUGCAGCUAUCUUUCCAGCUUGCAAUCAACACUAUUUCGGCUAAUACACAGCAGCACACUGCUGUCUUCCUGCUAGCACAUCACAUGGCAGCACACUUGCUGUCUUUCAUCACCAUUUCAGCUAGCACAUGGAGGAAACUUUAGACUUUGUAG